UCUUCAGACUGAUGUAAUGAAUUUCAUAACACUACCUUCAGCCAUAACUGACCCAUUUGGAGUAAUAUUAACAUGUGAUAAUAAGACUUUGAAGCAUCAUGCACACAUAAUCCUAAACACAGUGUAUAGCUCUUUAAUUUAUGUUCCCAAAAGUUUAAGAGUUUAUGGCUAGGGAUGAAUUACCAAUAAGUCUAAAUUUGAUUUGUUGUCUUCAGUGAUUGAUUGGUACCAAGAUGAAGCUGCAAGUUUGUUUGUCAGAGUGUUGAUGGUGUAUCAUUGAGUUUUAGAGUGUGUUCUGAUUUUCAUGUAAAAUUGUGUUUUUGUGACUAAAUAUAAGCUUUAUUUAUUUUAUCUCUUAACUGCCGUUCUUGUAUAAUCACAUCUGGCAUAGCAAUAAUAUUGUUAAUAAAAUAUAUUCAAGAAAAACAAACACAUUCACAAACCUGGGUUUUUGUAUUGUUGGUAUUUCAGUGUUCCCUCUAAACAUUGCUUUGGACUUUUGUGAAGGUCAAGAUACUGAUUUAUAGCUUGUUUUGCUUUGUUUUUUUYCCUCACAGCUCAUACCAUGGCGCUUCCAGCAGAUGGAUCCCCGACGUUGGAGGGACUUCCAGACAACGGUAAGGAACACGGUAAGGUGUGGUUAAAUGAAACUGACAUGGUUUCUGAAGACCACGGMGAGGAGUCGAGGUAUAGUACACCUCUGCAGUCUGUGGACYKUUCUAUCAGCUCCAGUGAAGACGAGGUAGGUCAUGACUGUACUAUCCGCUCCAGUGGUAGCUCUACUACCAGCUCCAGUGAAGACGAGGUAGGUAAUGAAGACCAGGAUGGCAUUAAAUCCCGACUUCGGGUUGUCCAGGUCCUUCGACCAAACAUUAAAUUCCUGUGGGGCAUACAGGUGCUUGAACAGUCAUUGAAACUCCUGAAUUCGACCGUUCAUCAGCUGUGCUCCGCUGACAGUAGUCUGACGGUGGCCGAUGUUGCGUCACAGCUUCUUGAGAUUCUUCCCCCAAAUUUCAAAUACGUACAAGUCAUGGGGGUGGYUCAGAAGCCUCGAGAAGACACGGCUCCCUCUACUUCACUUGAAUUCACAUCUGGACUUGACCACCAGGAAGAGCCCAUUUUGCGUCCAGAGAAAUCUAGACCUGUCUGUACCUUKCAACAUYMUCAGGUAGGUUUGAAAGAGGACGCGGCUCAUGUGACAUCUGUGACUGGCACAAACAGAAAGAGGACAAAGGACAGUGAAGCUGAAGAGGAGCCCCUAGCCAAGAGGACCAAGUAUAGUGAUGAUGCCAGUGGGGAAGAGGUCCUGGAGAGCACCCUCAGAAAGGUGGCAUGGAGAUGUCUCUCACCAUGGACGUCGUGUGAGGAUCCUGGACUGUCAUCCCCCGUCCUCAGUCCCUCUUGUGAAAUGGCGCGUAAACGUCCUGRUUUGUCAUCCCCUGUCCUCAGUCCCUCAUCAUUGUCGCACUGUGAAGAUCCCAUUCUGUCACCCUGUGUUUUCAGUUCUUCACCUUCAAUACAAUGUGAAAGUCCAAUUCCAUCCCCUGACUCGUAUUUCUGGAUGGAGACUGAAGAGGACGUAGAAGAGGAACCAAUACCUUCAACAUCUAGUGGAAUUACAGCAAGAGCGAGUUCCAGAUAYGUGUGGUUUAGACCUCGCUACGUCUUGUCAAGUGACUCUGAUUAGAUUGGGAUCCGUAAAAACUGAAGACCUAUUUGGGAAGUCACAUUAGAACAUCAUCAUUUCUCUUUUGUUUUUUGUUAAAGCCAAUGGCUUUCUAGCAAGCCUGAGGAAGACUUGGGUAGCACCUCACACCGGGGCUUUUCUUCAUCCCGCUGAUAGACUUAGCAUUUUAGAUGGUAAGGAUUCUGGCAGGACUGCGGAAGCCUGAGGUAUCGCCUUGCACCAGGGUUUUCUUCAUCUUUGCGUUUUCCUCUCAACUCCCCCAUGUUUCAGGAUGUAAUAGUGGUGCUUCCCUACAUAGUGCUCUCCAGUAUAGUAAGUCAUUCUAUCCUGUUCCUCUACUAAUCCACUCUCCCAGUUUUUAAUCUUUCAGGUUUUAGCUGCUCGUCGCUGGAUCCUUUCGUCGUUGUCCAUGUGGUUCCUGCCUUCUGGAUCCUUUGUUUUUCACUCUGCUUGUUGGAUCUCAUCAGCCUGUAAACCUCCACCUUCAACACCCCAGCCAGAUGGAGGAAGAUAAGAGAACCCAGUUGAAAAAAAAUUCCUUUCAUAACAGCAGAGCUUUGAUGAGCUUUGUGCUGAUGGAAGGAGGAUCAGGAAUAGAGCAGAGGACCUGCUGAUCUACUGGUUCUAGUAGAUUCUAUAAGUGCAUUAAUGAGACGAGAAAACAGCACUGGACCAAUCAGGAGAGAGAAGACACAGAGGACUGAGGAGACACAGAAAAUCCUGCUGGGAAUCCUGAGAUGAAGUUUCCUGAUGGAACAGGGGGACACCUGAGGACACAGAACAAAGAGACAGAGACCAUGUGAAACUCAUGAAGAGGAUGAUCAGAGUUGUCCAUAGCUUUCUUGACUCUUAUAAAGAAUCCUUCUUGGCAUCAUCAUCUCCAGAGGUUCCACAGUCGUCUCCAGAGCGGAACCAGAACAAAUCCAGCCUUCUUUAUCAGAUUGUUGAGCCUUUUGAGGUUCCUGGCUCUGAUGCUGCUGCACCAACAGAUGAUUACAAUAGAUGUCAUUACAAUAGAGUAUUGUGGCUCAGUGCAAAAACACACAUUUUGUUGGUUUCUGAAGAGUAAAAACUGAACAAAUGUAUACACUUAAAGAUUAAGUUUAUAUUUAACAGACAUCAAUGCUAAAGAAAAGUCUCACAACAGUGUGAAAAUCACGGUGUUUAUUUACAAGACAAGAAGCUGGAGGAAGAGAUUAAAAAAUGUAACAUAUUUCACAGUGUCAGGUUAUUUCUAUGUAUUAUGAUGUAAUGAUACAUGUAUUUUUGGGCUUAUUGUAUUCUGUUUUAUACUUGUGUGUAACUUGAUUUGUGAAAGCAUGAGGAAGAUAUUUUAAAAAAUUUAAUAUAUUUUGCAGUGUCAGGUGUUUUCUAUGUAUUAUGAUGUAAUGGUGAAUUUUUGGGCUUAUUGUAUUCUGUUUUAUACUUGUAUGCAACUUUCACUUGAUUUAUGAAAGCAUAACAACUAAUUAAGAUGAUCAUUGAGUUAAAUAACGUUAAGUUGUAAGCAAAUGCAAUAAAAGCUUUUUUUGCCUGUCA